GCUCUGCAGCAUGGCCGCGGCGCCACAGGCCCCUGCCCGGGGCUCCGUGCGGAAGUCGAGGCCUGUGAUGGUGAAGACGUCGCUGAACAACCCCUAUGUGAUGUGCUGGGGCACCCUGGAGCGGGAGGACGCACAAUUCAUCCUCCAGAGCCUGGAGGACCGGCUGCGGACCCUGGGCCUGCGCAAGGUAGAGGAUAAGCGGAGGAAGAGGAAGCAGCCUGGCGCUGCCAGACCCGGCCCGGAGCCCAGUGGCCCAGAAGAGGUGGCCUCAGGGUGGACCCCGGCCCACGUGCGGAAGCAGCUGGCCUUAGGCAUCAAUGAGGUGACGCGGGCACUGGAGCGGGCCGAGCUGCGGUUGGCACUGGUGUGCAGGUCGGCGCAGCCCGCGCGCAUCACCGCGCACCUCAUCCAGCUGAGUGCCAGCCGGGCUGUCCCUGCUGGCCAGGUCCCCCGGCUCAGCCAGCGGCUUGCCCCCGUCCUCAGCCUCAAGUGUGUCCUCGCCCUGGGCUUCAGGACGCACAGCCCCGACUUCGAGGAGCAGGUGAAGGCCAUCACCCCCAGGCUGCCCCCUGUGACCGUCCCCUGGCUUCCCGGCACACUGGAGGGUGACCAGGAAAACGUGGACAUGGCGUCUUCAGAGAGCAAGGACAAAGAGGGUGGGGACAGGGCCCAGGAGGACGCCUUGGGACCCAAGCGAAAGCUCCCAGAAGGCCCGCAGGCCAUAGUGCUGCAGCCCCUCCGGAUCAAGAAGGUCAUCCCCAACCCCAACAAGAUCAGGAAGCCCCCCAAAAGUAAGAAAACCACUUCCAAGUAAACAU